GCUUGUAAAACAUGGCCUAAGCAGAGGUUAUGUUAGCCAUCUGUAAUACAAACGCCAACGAAAAAAAGGCCGACAACUCUUUCCAUUAUUUCUUUUGCCUGUGAUUUUCUUUUCCCUUGAUGUGAAAUUAAAGAAAGUGUUGUCUUAAUUAGCAUUUGAAAAGCGGAGUAGCAAAACACUAACAUAACUGCAACAAUUAAGCUUGGUCUAUGUGUGUGACAUUGUGUGCAUACGUCGUUUGUAUUGUAUGAAUCAGUUUUCUUCCAAUGUAUACACCUACUUGAUUCAAAGGUAACAGAGUUGUCCAGGAUAUACCAGUGGACCUAAAGCUCGGAUCUUCAACUAUUUUAAGAUUUCAAAAGCUAAAGAGCGACACGCCCACAAAAAAAAAGUCACCAACAAAGAUGAAUUCAAAAUUUCCUAACUGCUUCAAACGUAACAUAGUAAAUCAUUUCUGACAGUUACAAAGAAAACACCGUAAACGGUCGCUGGAUCAUGCAUAUGGUGAACACGCGGGAGUGUCUGGGCCUAGGGAAAUAUUUCAGCAUCCUUUGGCUCUAUCUACUCAGCGGCGUAAACUGUGGAACUCGAAUGCUAGAGCCCCCAUCACGGGCCUCGCUGUGGCGUUAUGGAUACAACACGCCCACGAACUUGUAUGAUGAUAAGACGAACUGCGGAGGAUAUGACGUAAGUCCACUACAACGUGAAUAACGGCACCUGCGGUGUCUGCGGGGACCCAACAAACGAGGCCAAGCCCAGAGAUCACGAAGCGGGUGGCCAAUUCUCGCCAUCCCCCACUCCGGUCAGAGUUUACAAGAAGGGCGGAUACAUCACCGUCGUCAUGGAAACUACUGGAACCCUCUUUGGAAGAUUUGAGUUUCGAAUCUGCCCCAUAAUAGAUAAUAUGGAGACACCCGAACAGUCCUGUUUCGACAAGAACCUCCUGACAAUCCUGGAGUCUGAGCAGGGCACGGGCUACAUUGUGGGCUCAAAGCAGGGGAUACACACGCUGAACAUACAGCUGCCCAUUUCGCUGACUUGUCCACACUGUAUCCUACAGUGGAGGCACGUGACAGGUUUCAUGACCAGUCAGGAUACGUGUUACAAAUGUAGCAACGGGGAACAGAGAUGUCACGUGUGUCUUGGCUGCGGAAAGCAGGUUUGGUACACUGGCUGUACUGACGUGGCCAUUUACGAUUACCCUUUGGAAUCUGCGCCCUCUGUUGCAACCACAAAGGCGCCGAGCUCCGAGUGCCCUCCCUGCGCUUCUAUAGAUUCACAAAAUUAUGAAAUAAACUCUCUAAAACCUUACAAUUUUCAUUUGUAUACUCGUAAUGACCCUUCGACCACCCCUCCACCAACGAGUUCGUGGACCCCUUCACCAGCGCCCUCGCCUACAACUAGAAGACUCUUCAAGGGCGUUUUCAGACCGGUCCUUACUUCGUCGAAACCCGCUUCCACAACUUCAAUUCAACAAAACACAUCUUCUAUCAAACCAACAUCCGAAAUUGAUGCAGGAAAAACGCAAGUACUAAAGUCCACCACAGCUACGCCUAUGACGACUUCUCCGAUCCAGCACUGUUGCGCUCUAUCUACUAGCCCCAUACCCUUGUCGAAGCCGACAAUAACACUUCCCAAACCGACAACAUCCCCGAUGCCGGAUAAACCCAAAGAAUCGAUACUAUGUUACGUAACCAACCGGAAGCGCCACCCAACGCUAAAUAUAGACCUUUGGUGCAGCCAACGCUGCCCGUCACUGGGGCGUUCCGUAUGCUUGUUCAAGUUGUGCGCGCCAAUUUCUUGCAAAACCUUACGCGACAAAUCUACAGCGACAACGCUGCGCACUACAACCAAGACAACUACUACACCAACAACUACCACUACUACUACUACAACUACUUCAACUACUACUACAAAAACAACGACCACAACUGUCAAACCUCAAAUCACACCCAAUACAAAUAUCUUCCAAAUUAAUCCUUACGGUGGCUCAAUAUAUAUGCAAAGGGAUACAAGCUAUAAUUGGAACAGUAUGAAUCUAUUACCGUUUAUAUUGGGUGGCUUUGAGUUUUAAUGAAUCUAUAUCUAGAUCUAGAGGUUUGUAAUACCCAACUUAAAGAUCGCACAAAUUUGAAGAAAAAAAAAGAAGUAAAACAAACUAUUUUGACAGUUGUUUAUAAAUAAUACGAUCUACCCAUACAUCUUGAAGAGUGAUAGUCCGGUUACAUUUUGGAGGUGUGAAUUUCUUAAAGUUUACCAAACCUAUAUAGCCUACUACGCUACCAUUAGAUAAUUUUGACAAUCUAUCAAUUAAAGUAAUUGGGAUGUCUGCUCGAGUUUUAAAUGUUUUGGAUGUUGACAUUUUUUAAAAAUCGUUUCUGAAAAGAUUGCAAGAUCAUGAGAAAUUUUGUGAUAUCGAAUUCCUGACAUUUUGAUCCAGCGCAUAAAGGGUGAGGCACUCUUAUACCGUAGAUACACAGCACAGAGUCUUUCCAUCUCUUAGAUGACUGGAAUUCUCCGAAAAAAAAAAAGCAGAUAAUCAGCAGACUUUACCUAUACAAAGAAAUAAACGAGUGUAGCCUCAACCUCAAAACUAACCACCAAAAGCUCAAUAAACAAUGGACCUCAUUCACCAAUCGUAAACAAACAACAUUUAGCCACGUGAUUCUAUAUAUCUUUUAUACAAAUUAUGUAAUCCAUAAAGACUGUCACGUGAUACGUAUUUUUCAUUGUUUUAUCAAUAUUAUGACGUGGCUAAAUGUGUUUAUUUACGAUUGGUGAACGAGGUCAUAAAAACAUUGUUAAACUUGAUUAAUAUUGGGAGUUUUCACACUCAAAGCUAAUCACAGUUAUCCGCUCUUUGUUUACACUUUGAUUUUUAAUGUCCAGUUAGCGUUCGUUGUACAAUGAAAUACAGUAAGAGAGAAAAAAAAGAAAAGAGUGCAAUAUGAAGAAAUGUGUUGGCCAAUGGCAAUAUAAUUGAAACUACUAUAUAAAAAAAAGAGGAAAAUAUUGUAAUAGAAACAUUAGUAGAGUUUUUUAAAAAAUUGACAUAUAAAUAUAAAGUCAUGGACUAUACUUUCAAAUAUCGCUGUUGUGUUAUCUAUUAAAUAAUCAAAUUAAGUUUGUGUUUCUAGCUUAAUAAUUUGAUUCUAUCGUGUUAGAAAAAAAUGAAAUAUAUAUAUAUAGCCUAUAUAUAGGAUUUAUUAAAAUACUUCGCUUAUCAGUACUUUCCUAUUCUGUUAGUAAACCAGAAAGAUAUUAUAUGAAUUAGCAUCUAUGUAAAAAAAAAAAUAUAAAAAAAUCUCCAGUGAUACAACAACAAGAAAGUGUUUAGAGUGCAGAAUAAAUCUAGAAUUGACUUAUGAAAGUUGUAGGCUAAGUGUGCUAAUAUGAGGCCUAAGCUAAAUAGAUCAAUGUAUGCAGUAUGCUACAAUAUAUUAAAGUGAAAACAGACUUCAUACACAUAAAAAUAUACUUAAGAGUUUUAUUAUAAAUUCACUGUAACAUCUGCAAACACAUAUAAAAGUUAGUAUUACUUUUUACAAAGCUUAUAUCAACUCUGUCUGGUAAAAAGUUUGUACACGUUAUUUCUCUGACAUCCUAUCAAAGAUCAAGCUGAAAUUUUGCAUAAUUAUUCAUUGACACAGACAAGACAUGAAUCAAUGUUGGUCUAGAUCUAUUACAAAUUUAAUUACAUGAUUGAUCCAAACUAAUUGAAACAAUCAGACUUCGCAUAAGCUUUGUGAUUUUAAAAAAGUAUUUUUUUAAAAUGUUUUUCUUGUUUUGUUACAAUGCGUAGGACGUAAUCAUCUUCUUUUUUGAAGUAACGUCUGUAUUAUAUAAGAUAAGAAAUUCUUACCAGAACUUUAUUCAAUUUAGACUUUAAAAAGAUGUCUAUGUAUGCAUGGAGGCUAUAUAUAAAUUAUUUUUUUUUAAAGUUCCCCUUUCAGACCUUGUGAUCUAUACAGCAAAUGAUGUUAAGGUCAUGUUUCUGAGGCCCAUGGUUAACUAGGAGGUCAUGUGGCCAGCACAAUGACCAAGUGCCUUUACUUUUCACCAAUUAAUGUCAGGUACCCAUUAAAACUGGGUGGAAUUAGAAGCACUCUAUAGAUCCAAAAUUUAAAAAAUCCCAGGCUUGACAAGAAUUCGAACCCAGGACCACUUUACCACCCACCUCCUAAAUUUAUUAAGUUGAUUUAUAUUUGAGUUUGCUUUUACACAAUAGACUUCGGCUUUAUUGCUUGCCUUUGUUUCAAACUAUUUUUUUUUUGACCUUUCAUAAUUUUUCUCCCUUUAAAGUGAACAGAAAUCAUCAAAGAAACAAAAAAGUUAAAAAUUAAAACCCACGUUGAAGUAUUUUGUUGGUUUCAUAUUUAAAAAUAUCUCUUUGUUCAAGCCAUCAGCUCAUUAACUCAACUCAUAUCUUACAUACCCUUCACGUACAAAAUGAAAACAAAGACUUCAAUAAUAUUUGUUUUGUGAUUAUUAAUGUUUUUCUUUUUGAUAUAUUCGUACAGUGAAAAACAAAUGAUUUGAUUUACUUACAAUUUGUGUACAUAGAAACCAUUCCAGUAGCUCAUAAAGACUAUCAAAAAAAAUUAUUUUGCAAUUUCAAAGUUAUUCCUAAAAAUAUACUUUAGAUAGUAAAAGGAUUUGAACCCGAAAUUUUUGUUGUAAAUAGGGAUACAUGAUCCAAUUUUAAUAUACAAAUUGUCGUUUUCAAUACAUUUGAAUUUGUAAUUAAAAAAUCUUCAAACUUAAUAAUUGAUGACUAUUGAAUUUGUAUUUUUGAAUGGUCUAAAAAUUUUACACACAUAUUUUACAAAUAAACAAUUCAAUUUCAUUACUACAUUUUUUAAAUCUCUACUGCAAUUUAUUAACACAAUUUUAAAAUAUUGGAAUAUAUUGCACUAAGUUGUAAAAAUUUUAUAAAAUAAAAUGUAAAUUGUAUUCAUAUGACACACUUUGCAAACUAUCUGGCCUUUUAGAAAUAAUCUCGAGGGGAAAAAAAUGUAUUCAUAACUAACAUGGAACUAGAUUACAUAAAUAAUUGACAAUCUCUUAUUUUGGACAAACCGAAAAUACACAAACUAGGGAGAGAAUCCUCCAUUUAGACUUUUUACAAACAUUGGGAUGAAUUAAAACAUCUCUUUGUAAAGUUUGUUAUCUCAGAGUUGUAUGCAUACAAGUGUUUAUAUACAAAGUCAUUACAGUUUAAUGAGCAAAUAGUUUAACCUUGCCUGAUCAUUGUUAAAUUAGAUUUGCUAGUUAUAUUCGAAACUACAGAAAGGGGAAGAAAGCCUCUCAAUUUGUAACAACUAAAAUGAAUUCAUUCUUAUAGACAAGCUGUGGCAAAUGGGGCGCUGCUGAAUUCACCUAUUUAGAAGAUGAUGCCUGAAUCAAGAAGAAGCAAUUAAUACACAUCUAUUGUCUUUUGAGACAGAAGAACCCAUAUAUAUGUACAUAGGAAAUGGUGAACAAAAAUAAUUAAAUGUUAUUUAUGUUUGUCUUCAAGUUUUAAGGAAAGCUCACUCCACAACAUUAAAUCCUACACCUUAGUGAGAAUGUACUAUUACUACAACCAACAGGUACUGGGUAUUUAGUAGAAACAAGAAUCCUCUAAAACUUUUUUAAACUGAAUUUUUUUUAAACUGAAUUUUUUUUAAGCCCAUAUCUCUUCCACUCAACAAUCUGGAUCAGUUAAAAAAUAUUUUCAACAAUUUUUUAAAGUGGAAAUCACUGGCACAUGAUCGCAGUCAAUCAUAUCUCCCCGCUUCCUCAGAAUAGAAUUAUUUUCUAGUGUCAUUCUAAAUGAACUAAUUGACUCCAAUCAAUAUUGAGAUAACUCUUCAUAUGCCUAUACAUACAUAUAUAUAUUUUGUUUCCUUGUUUUAUUUAGCACAAUUAUAAAUAUAAAAUAUCAUUUUUAAACGAGUUUGUUGUGUUAUUCAAUUGAUUAAAAAAUAGCUAUGUUUAACAUAAAACAAAUUAUUUAAAAUUAAAAAAUGAGGAAUUAUCAAAUUAUUAGAAUUAGAAUUAUUAAGUGUCAAUAUGGGACCAUACAGUUCAAGAAGAAAAUUGAUAACAUCUUUGAGUAUUUAAAAAAAAACUUUUACAUUGUUUUUGUGUUUGUUUGAACCAUCCACAAUGAUGAUUUUUUUUGCCAAGCUAUAAACUUUUUUUUUUUUAAUGGGACCAGAUUGUUUAAAAAAAUUGAUUUUUUUUUUUUACAUGCAGCACAAAAUGUAUAUCAAUUUAUUGGUAAAAAAUUGGCAAUAACACACAUGGGGACAAGUGGGUAAAAACCUGGUGAGGAAUUAGUUAAACUGUCUCUGUAAUACAAAGAUCUGAUAACAAAGUCUUUUAAACAAAAAACAUAAAGACCCACCACCAUUGCAAUACAAUAAAAUAAACCCAGAUCUCAGAUGAGUCAUCCGAUUAAUCAAUAUAGUGAUCCCCAACCAAUGCAAAGGUGCACAUCUUUUUUUUUUUUUUGCCAUACACAAAAGUUGGUAUAUGCCAAGAAGGAAGAUGAUGUAAUUAAUAACUAGAACAUUCCAGGAUCCAUUUGAAGAUCAACAUGUCCCAAUUGGUCUUGACACUAGCUUCAGCAGGCAAAUCGCAUUUAUACCUUAAGUGUAGUAGCCUUUUACACACAAAAUUACCUUGAUAUUUAUUUAAACAAAAGUAGAAAUACAAAUUAAAUGAGAGAAUAUGUUGCCGGUGUGCAGUUAAUAAUCCUCAACUGAAAAUCUUUAUUCCUGAAUGUAAGGGUUUUAUCCUGAAUACUUUGAUAGUAUUAACUGUUAUACAUUUUAAAAUGUUAUGAAUUGGACUGAAGAUAGAUACGACUGGAUUACAUUCAAUGCAUUUAAAGACAAAUGAACUUUCUCAUCAAGAUAGUCUUUGAAUAUAUUGUACUGGAAGAAAAUGAGUAAUCUAAGGAAGAGAUAAACUGAAAGGCCUUGAAUAUAAUUUGUAAGAACAGUGUAAUAGCAUAAAAUAUAUCAGUAGUAGUAGAAGUAAUAUAAUUAGGCAAUAUUUCUUUGUUGCCAACAAAGCCGAUCAUAAUGGCAAACUGACAUAUAUUUCCACAAUGUGCAUAGCCUGCCCUAAUGGGCUUCAACUCUCAAAGGAAGAAAUUUUCAUUCAACAAAUAUUUUAUCACUAUAAGGAGACAGAAGAGCCACAUGUGCAUCACUUUAAUUUGUUUCAUACUAUAACUUCAACUUUUUCCCUUUUCAAUUCCUUUCUUACUCUGCAAUGUUCAUUUCAGAGUACUGAUGGUCAUUCAGCUCAUUGUGAGCUUAUGUAACAGCUACUGCUGUCUGUGCUUAAUUAUUUCUCCAACUGAUAGGAAUUGCGUUCUUUUUAUUUCUUGAGCUAGUGUUUGGCCAAAAGUUUAUUAAUAUUUAUAACAAGACGCUUUU